UGAGAGAAGAAGAAGGGGAUGGCAAAAGUCCUUCCGCUUUCCAGCUUCUCUCUCUCAAAUUGGAUUGAUUAGAAGAACCCUUUCAAUUUCAUUAUCAUAAAAAGCUAAUCUUGAAUUCUUCUUUUUCUGGGUUCUUCCUCUUUUUUAUCUUUGUAUCAUUAUCAGGUGAUGUUCGAUCAUCAGUUAUACUUUUACCCUCUUAAUCUCAAUUCUUUUUGUUUUUCUUAAGAGGAGGUUUACGGGAAAACCAUAUUAUUGUCUUUUCAAUCUCUUCCUAAUUUCUUCAUUCAUUACCCUCAAUUCAAAUCUUCUUUCACAUUGUUGCAAAUCUUCUUGAAAACCCAUUUUCCUAGGUAUUCUUCACACGAAUUUCUUCCUCUCUUUUUCUUUUUUCAAUUCAAAAUGAAGCUCUUUGUGAGGGUUAUUGAAGCUAGGAACAUUCCGGGUAUGGAUCAAAAUGGAUUGAGUGAUCCUUAUGUGAAAUUGCAGUUGGGAAAGCAAAGAUUCAAAACUAAAGUGAUUAAGAAGAGCUUAAACCCUUCUUGGUCACAGGAGUUCUGUUUUAAGGUUGAAGACCUUAAGGAUGAGCUUAUAAUCUCAGUUCUUGAUGAAGAUAAGUUCUUCAAUGAUGAUUGCAUCGGUCAGAUCAAAUUCCCAGUCUCUCAGGUUUUCGAUUCUAUUGAUAAGUCUCUAGGCACCGCUUGGCAUCCGUUGCAUCCCAAGAACAAGAAGUUAAAGAACAAGGAUUGCGGUGAAAUUCAUCUCACAAUUAAUUUCCUGCAAAGUAAUUGUUCUCUAGUGGAUUCCCAACUGGAAGAUGAACAAUUAUCUACCCCGCAAAAGUUUACUGAAUCAGUGUCAGAUUGUUCAGUGAGGUCAUCUAAUGGCUCUUUUAGGUCUACAUCGCCUAUGAAAUUAGAUGAUUCAGUAUCUUCAAAGGAAGACAAGUCACAUUCACAAACAUUUGCGGGUAAAAUAGCUCAAAUCUUCUCGAGAAGCACAGAUAAGGAUCUGGCAUCUAGUUCCACUGGUAAAACCGACUUGCCAGACAUUCAGGAAGACGCAGUCGGUGACAACGAGGUUGUUUCCGAUGAACAGCCAAACCAAUCAUUUGACGAACUGAUGAAAACAUUAGAAUCCAAAGACCAAGAAACAGAAACACCCAACAAUUUGCCAGGGGGAGUAGUCCUGGACCAAUUAUAUUCAAUUUCAUCGCCAGAACUGAAUUCUAAAGUCUUUUCGCCGGAUUCAACCAUUUUAACUUCGUUAGCAGAUCUUCAGGGUAAUACGGAUCUUCAAAUAGGAUCAUGGAAAUUCGAAUCGGGUGGGGAUAGCUUGAAAAGGGUUGUUACUUAUACGAAAGCUGCCAACAGACUAAUUAAGGCUACAAGAGCUAACGAAGAACAUACAUAUGUUAAAGUCGAUGGGAAAACUUUUGCGGUUUUAGCAAGUGUAAGUACUCCAGAUGUUCCAUACGGAGGAAACUUUAAAACGGAGCUUCUUUAUCUCAUUACACAAGGACCGGAGCUCCCAUCUGGAGAACCAUGUUCUCAGAUGGUGAUUUCAUGGAGGGUUAAUUUUCUUCAGAGUACUAUGAUGAAAGGUAUGAUUGAAGGUGGAGCUAAGCAAGGUAUUAAGGAAAGUUUUGAUCAUUAUGCGAAUAUAUUGGCUCAGAAUGUUAAGCCGGUUGAGAUGAAGGAUGUUGCUUCGAAUAAGGAACAGGUUUUGGCUUCGUUGCAGACUGAGCAGGAAUCAGACUGGACUUUGGCUGUUAAAUUCUUCUCAAAUUUCACUGUUCUAUCUGCUAUUGUUCUUGGAGUUUAUGUUAUGGUGCAUAUCUGGUUAGCUGCUCCUAGCACUAUUCAGGGUCUAGAGUUUGUAGGAUUAGAUUUGCCUGAUUCAAUUGGAGAGCUUAUUGUCGGUGGGCUAAUGGCACUUCAAGGUGCUCGGUUGCUAGAGUUUACUUCCCGUUUCUUGCAAGCGAGAGCACAAAAGGGCAGCAGUGAUCACGGGGUUAAAGCUCGAGGACAUGGAUGGCUGCUGACCAUUGCCUUGGUUGAAGCCCUCAAUUUGGCAGCUGUUGAUUCAAGCGGCUUCUGUGAUCCUUAUGUGGUUUUUACCUGUAAUGGUAAAUCUAGAACUAGCUCCAUUAAAUUUCAGAGUGCCGAUCCUCAAUGGAAUGAAAUAUUUGAAUUCGAUGCGAUGGAUGAUCCUCCAUCGAAGCUGGACAUUGAGAUUUUUGACUUUGAUGGGCCUUUCAGUGAAGCUGAGUCUCUAGGGCAUGCUGAGAUAAAUUUUGUGAAGAGUAAUAUAUCGGAUUUGGCUGAUGUAUGGCUCCCCCUUCAAGGAAAGUUAGCUCAGGCAUGUCAGUCGAAGCUUCAUUUGAGAAUUUUCUUAGACAAUACAAAGGGUAAUAAUGUUGUCUCGGACUAUUUAACAAAGGUGGAAAAGGAAGUUGGUAAAAAGAUAAAACAGCGAUCUCCUCAAACAAACUCUGCAUUUCAGAAACUGUUUGGGCUUACUGCUCAAGAGUUUCUCAUCAACGAUUUUACUUGUCACUUGAAACGCAGAAUGCCUCUUCAGGGGCGGCUGUUUCUGUCUGCAAGAAUUAUUGGGUUUCAUGCAGAUCUAUUUGGACACAAAACAAAGUUCUUUUUCCUUUGGGAGGACAUAGAAGAUAUCCAAGUUGUUCCUCCUACUUUGUCAUCAAUGGGAAGUCCAGUUGUCGUCAUAACAUUAAAGCCUGGAAGGGGCGAAGAUGCAAAACACGGUGCAAAGACACAAGAUGCAGAAGGAAGGCUGAAGUUUAAUUUCCAAACUUUUGUAUCUUUCAAUGUUGCCUACAGGACGGUGAUGGCACUUUGGAAAGCAAGAGCGUUGACUCCUGAGCAGAAGGUGCAAAUAGUAGAGGAGGAAUCUGAAGCUAAAAAUUCUCAAACGGCUGAAGAAGAGAAUGAUGCUAAGAUGCUCCAACAGGAAGAUAGCGGCUCAUUUUCAGGGAUUGAGGAUCCUGUGAACCAAACACUGGUUUAUUCUUCUGUUAUUGCUGUCCCCACGAGUUUUUUCAUGGAACUAUUCAUUGGGAGUGAAUUGGAAAGGAAAGUGAUGGAGAAAGCAGGUUGUGUUAGUUAUUCACAAAGUCCUUGGGAGUUCGAUGAGUCGGAUAUUUGUCAAAGGCACAUCUAUUACAAAUUCGAUAAGAGUAUUUCACGUUAUAGUGGAGACGUGACAAGCACACAGCAAAGAUCUCAUCUUCCCGAGAAUAACAAUGGCUGGCUGAUAGAAGAAGUCAUGACUCUACAUGGGGUUCCUCUUGGCGAUUACUUCAGCAUUCAACUAAAAUAUCAGAUUGAAGAAAUACCAUCAAGAUCCAAUGGAUGUAAUGUCCAAGUGUUCUUUGGAAUAGCAUGGCUGAAAAGCUCUCGACACCAGAAAAGGAUCACGAAGAACAUUUUGUCUAGUAUGCAAGACAGAUUAAAGAUCAUUUUUAGUACAGUUGAGAAGGAGUUUGUUUCAGAACAAGGAGUAGCAAAUGCAUAACUUCUGCUGCUUCAAGUUUGAUCAACUAUAUAACGUCAAUUGUGCUCUGAAAAUAGCAGUAUGAUUAGUAGAUAGAUCUUUUAUGACACACAUUAAUCUGUUUAUUUGUGAGGGUAAACAACUGUAUAGGUAAUAAACUUGAUUUUUAUAUAUACAUACACAAUUACACGCACGCACACGCUUGAAGAAGAUGACUCGUUUGAAUGGUCAUUUUCUUCUUCAAACCUGAUUUGAGUGGAUUUGAUGUUGUGGUUGUACAAUAAUAUUGGCCUGAUUUAACAAAAUGUGGACAGUGAACAUGAAAAUUUGUCUUCCA